AUGAUUAUUGAAUCGAAAGCUCCUCGAAGACAGGGCGAUCGAGCCCGUUUGGUCAGCACGACACUCACAGAGAACGUCAAGACACAUUGCCUCACAUUUUGGUACAGCAUGAGCGGUAAAAAUGUUGGUGAACUACGCGUUUUCAUUUUCACACAAUCUGCAUAUUCUCUUGAAUGGAGGCUCAUCGGUCCGCAAAGUGGGCUAUGGUCAUAUGCUUCGGUUCCUAUAUUCCCAAGACGUGACAACUUCUGGAUUUUGUCUCUUCUCUUUCCUUUGCCGAUCGUGUCUCUUCUCUUUCCUUUGCCGAUCGUGUCUCUUCUCUUUCCUUUGCCGAUCGUGUCUCUCCUCUUUCCUUUGCCGAUCGUGUCUCUUCUCUUUCCUUUGCCGAUCGCGUCUCUUCUCUUUCCUUUGCCGAUCGUGUCUCUCCUCUUUCCUUUGCCGAUCGUGUCUCUUCUCUUUCCUUUGCCGAUCGUGUCUCUCCUCUUUCCUUUGCCGAUCGCGUCUCUUCUCUUUCCUUUGCCGAUCGUGUCUCUCCUCUUUCCUUUGCCGAUCGUGUCUCUCCCUCUUUCCUUUGCCGAUCGCGUCUCUUCUUUUCCUUUGCCGAUCGUGUCUCUCCUCUUUCCUUUGCCGAUCGUGUCUCUUCUCUUUCCUUUGCCGAUCGUGUCUCUCCUCUUUUCCUUUGCCGAUCGUGUCUCUUCUCUUUUCAUUGCCGAUCGUGUCUCUCCUUCCUUUGCCGAUCGCGUCUCUCCUCUUUCCUUUGCCGAUCGCGUCUCUCCUCUUUCCUUUGCCGAUCGUGUCUCUUCUCUUUCCUUUGCCGAUCGCGUCUCUCCUCUUUCCUUUGCCGAUCGCGUCUCUCCUCUUUCCUUUGCCGAUCGUGUCUCUUCUCUUUCCUUUGCCGAUCGUGUCUCUCCUCUUUCCUUUGCCGAUCGCGUCUCUUCUCUUUCCUUUGCCGAUCGUGUCUCUUCUCUUUCCUUUGCCGAUCGCGUCUCUCCUCUACUUCCAUCGCGCCUCUUCUCUUCAAAUCAGUCUAUUCAAUAUUUAUUUAACCUCUUCUUCUUUUCUUCUUUUUCUUCUUCUUCAGAACAAGUAACAACUCCUCAUGAAAUCCUUACAUCCGUAUCUAUGAUGAUUUGGAAAAGAUGUUAA